AUGAAUUGUUUUCGGUUCGGGCAGGUCAUUCGGGACGACAGCCCGCCGCGGCACCAUCAGCACCAGCACCGCGGCGUGCACGGGCACUCGUGGCACGGGUGCACGCGGCCCGUGCUUGCGGACGACGCGUGCGACGACGGCGACGAGCACGACGGGUACGGUGUGCGACCAGGCGUGCCGCGAUCGCAGAGCAAGGAAAAGGAACGACGCCAGCAGCAGCAGGAGGUACAGACGCAAACGCAAGCGCAAGCCCAGCCGCAGCCACAGGCGCAGGCGCAAGCGCAGCCGCAGACGGAGGCGCAAGCGCAGGCGCAGCAGGUGGAUGCAUCGCAGUCGUUCGAGCGGGAGCAGCAGCGGCGGGUGUGCGCGGGGAACACCGCAGAGCAGGGUGUCGGCGAGGGGCACGCGGAAGAGAAUGCGUUUCAGCAGCAGCAGCAGGCGUCGAAGCAUUCGAAACACUCCAAGCACGGGAAGCAGGAGCGGACGGGCAUGCUGGGGGGAUUCAUGAGCGCGCCCGCCAGCCCCAUGUUCCGCACCUCCAAGCACGCGCCGUCCGCCGCCCCCAGCGCUGCUCCCGCGGGCAGCAGCGGGUCCGCGGCAGCAGACUCCUCCUCCUCCGCCACGUCCUCCCGCCCGUCGUCGCGCGACGGAGGGGGGAGCGCGAGCGGGCGCAGCUUGCGCCGGGACGGGCUGUCCGCGGGACCGUCGUCGGGGCGGCGGGGGUCGUCGUCGGGAAGAGGACCGUCGUCCGCCGUGCUGCCGCUCCCCGGCGGCGGUGGAUCCAACCUGCCCGGCAUCCUCACUAGAAACUUCUCCCGUAAUAGCUCUUCGUCCACCGCGUCUACACCGCCCCUUGCGCCCAAUACUCCUAGCGCGUACCCGCCUAAGAGCCCUUCGGUAAAGGAGAAAGAAAAGGCCAGGGAGAGGGAGAGAGGGGAGAGGGGAGGGGAGGGGAAAGGGGAGAGGGAGAGGGGGCGGAGUGGCGUGGGGAGCAGCAGCGGGAGGGAGAGAGGGCCUUUGGAGAACGCGGAUAUAGAGGCUUUAAGGGAGCUGCAGCUGCGGCAUCGCCUGCACAUAUUUUCGUAUGCAGAACUCCGGGCAGCCACCAAAAAUUUCGCGCCAGAGAAUCUGCUGGGUAGCGGGGGGUUUGGGAGGGUGUAUCGAGGGGAGGUGGCUCUGCCUUCCCUAGCGAAUCCCGCUGGCGAAGCUGGUAACAGCGGCGAAAUUGCGCUGGAGGCGGGUGGGUGGGAGGGUGAGGGGGCGGAGGAGAGGGGGGAAGCGGGGGAGCAGGGAGCGGGCGGGCGGGUGGAGGUAGCAGUGAAGAAGCUGAAUAGCAAGAGCAUGCAGGGGCACAAGGAGUGGAUGGUGGAGGUGAGUCUGCUAGCAGCGGCCAGCCACCCACACCUGGUGCGCCUCAUGGGGUGCUGCGCCGAGGGCGACCGCCGCCUGCUCGUCUACGAGCUCCUGCCACGUGGCAGCCUUGACCGCCUGCUCUUCCGCCCCUCCUCCACCUCAUCUGCUAAUCCCUCCGCUGCUGCUGGUGGUGGGGGUGUGGGGGAGGCGGGGCAAGGGGCGGGUGGGGGGCGGGGCGCGGUGCUGGAUUGGGGUACGCGGUUGAAGGUGGCGCUGGGCGCUGCCAAGGGGCUGGCUUACCUGCACGAGGAGAUGGAACCCCGGGUGCGUGGGAGGGGAGGGGGAGGGGAAGAGGGGAGAGAGAGAGUGUGGAGGGAAUGGGGGGAAGUGGGAGGUAGGGUGAGGAGGGGGAGUGGUGGAGCAAGUAGGCAAGUAGUGCAGCAGAGUCACAACAGAGCAGUGGAUGGCCGUUGCUGCGGGCGUGGGCAAGAGGCGAGGGGCAGCACGGAGGGAAGGGUGGAGUUUGAGGGGAAUUUUAGCAUGACUGCUGAGAGGCUCCUUUGGCUCCUGCUUACCGUGUCGCGUGCCAUCCAACGCCCUUCUCUUGCCCCUCCUCUUGCCUCUCCUAUUCCUCUUGCCCUCCUCUUGCCUCUCCUAUUCCUCUUGCUCCUCCUCUCCUCUCCGCUCCUCGCCUAUCCUCGCAUCUCUACUCUCCCAAUUUGCCAUAACUUCUCCUUUCCCAUCGAACUCAUCCCGCCACAUGUUUUCUUCGCUACUCUCCUCUCCCCUCCCUGCUCUCCCCGUCUCCCCCCCUUCUCCCCUACUCUCUCCUUCCCUCCCUCCUCCAACGUGAUAUACCGCGAUCUCAAGACGUCCAACGUGCUGCUAACGGAGUCCUUCCAAGCCAAGCUCUCCGACUUUGGCCUUGCACGGGAGGGGCCUGAGGGGGACUCUGAGUAUGUUUCCACCAUGGUGAGGGGCACGGCGGGGUACGCGGCGCCAGAGUACAUGCUGACGGGGCAGCUGACCAGCAAGAACGACGUGUGGAGCUUCGGCGUGCUCCUGCUGGAGCUCCUCACUGGCCGCCCCUCCAUCGAUGGCAAGCGGGGAGUAGGGCAAGGGGGAGUAGGGCAAGGGGGAGUAGGGCGGGCAAGUGGGUGGUGGGACAAGCAGGGGGGAGUGGGGCAGGCAGGGGGGAGUGGGGCAGGCAGGGGGGAGUGGGGCAGGCAGGGGGGAGUGGGGCAGGCAGGGGGGAGUGGGGCAGGCAGGGGGGAGUGGGGCAGGCAGGGGGGAGUGGGGCAGGCACGGAGGAGUGGGGCAGGCAGGGGGGAGUGGGGCAGGCAGGGGGGAGUGGGGCAGGCAGGGGGGAGUGGGGCAGGCAGGGGGGAGUGGGGCAGGCAGGGGGGAGUGGUGCAGGCAGGGGGGAGUGGGGCAGGCAGGGGGGAGUGGGGCAGGCAGGGGGGAGUGGGGCAGGCAGGGGGGAGUAGGGCAGGCAGGGGGGAGUGGGGCAGGCAGGGGGGAGUGGGGCAGGCAGGGGGGAGUGGGGCAGGCAGGGGGGAGUGGGGCAGGCAGAGGGGAGUGGGGCAGGCAGAGGGGAGUGGGGCAGGCAGAGGGGAGUGGGGCAGGCAGAGGGGAGUGGGGCAGGCAGAGGGGAGUGGGGCAGGCAGAGGGGAGUGGGGCAGGCAGAGGGGAGUGGGGCAGGCAGAGGGGAGUGGGGCAGGCAGAGGGGAGUGGGGCAGGCAGAGGGGAGUGGGGCAGGCAGAGGGGAGUGGGGCAGGCAGAGGGGAGUGGGGCAGGCAGAGGGGAGUGGGGCAGGCGAUCCCCAAUCCACAAACCCCGCCCCAAUCCUGGGCCACACCCGGAGGCCAAUCUGGUGCUGUAUGCGCGGCCUUACCUGCAGCAGCCAGCGGACAUAGUAAAGAUCAUGGACCCUGCUCUCAUCGCCGCCUCUUCCGCCCUCUUAUCGUCUCCACCCUCUCGCCCACCAGGCCGCACCCGGAGGCUAAUCUGGUGCUGUAUGCGCGGCCGUACCUGCAGCAGCCAGCGGACAUAGUCAAGAUCAUGGACCCUGCUCUCAUCGCCGCCUCGCCCCCGCCUGCUGCCGCGGCCAAGGUGGCAGAGGUGGCGCGGUGGUGCCUGGCCAUGGACCCCACUCACCGCCCAGUCAUGAGCCAGGUCGUUGACGUGCUCACCUUCCUCUCCUCGCAACAGUGGUCUUGA